AUGUGUGAGAAUACGCCCAUGCUACAAGUAAAGAGCUUACAGAAUGGGGAGAGUGCUUACCCUUGUGGCUUGGGUCGAUUGGAUAGGCCUCAGAAUGGUAGAAGGACGCCGCAACGGGCUAGCCAAGAUAUCAGUAAUUCACUAGGAAGCGUUUCAUUAAAUGCUCACCGUGAUCAGUGGGUAUGGGGGAGCUUACCCCGUUAUAGCUGGGCACGCGAAUGCCUUUGCUAUGGGCAUCCGUCAGAUCUCUUACAUGUACUGGGCUUGAAAGUCUUACUUGACACCUUGGGCGACGCCGUUGACGCGGAGUUGACCAAAAAGGUCGAGAUGAGAGCAAGAGGGAGGAUCAUGGUGGUUGAGCAGCGAACGAAAGAGCCAAUGGCUAAGGAGA